AUGUCUAGAAAUAACAUCCUGCACUUUCAAUGGCUAGAAUCCUAUAGAGUUAAGUCUGCCAAUCAAAAACUAGUUUCCUAUUAUCUUGAAGAGUUAGAUAGCACUGAACUCAAAGAAUCUAUUGCAGGAAACAGAUUGAAGAAGUAUCUUAUAAAAUCUGGAAUGAAGUCAUUCAAUAAUAGCCCAGCAGAUUCUGAUGUAGAGAUAGAGAAUGUUUCUCAAAGAUAUGCCACCAGAAGUCAAUCUAACAUUCCCUCUAGCAGUUUCUUGAAUGUUAGCUUCUUGAAUCAGAGUGAAAAUGAAAAUGAUCAAGAAGAAAUGAAGCAAAUACAAUUUCUAAAUGUUAUACCAGAUGACUGGAGCUUUGCUGUUAUUAUACCUCCACAAGAUGUUUAA